UCCUGACAGCCUAUCAUCCCCACAGCCCGGCCAGGAUCCCGGGCAUGGAGCAGAGCUUUGUGCAGGACAUCCCCCCCGGCCAUUCGCCCACCAGCAGAAAGUCUCUCCCUCGUUGUCGAAGAAUUAACAGGAUGCUUUCCAACGAGUCAGCACCUUCUCCUGCAUUCAGUCGCUCCAACUCGCAGGCCUCCAUGGACAGCACCUCCAUGGAGGACUUCUGGUGCGAAGUGGAGAGCAUCAAGGAGAGCAGUGAAGAUGGAUCUGAAGAAGCAACGCUUUUGGAGUUCAAACCUGCUGACGAAGGGGAGCUGGAGGCAGAAUGGCUGCAAGACGUAGGUUUAUCCACAUUGAUCUCGGGAGCUGAAGAGGAGGACGGCCAAGCCUUGCUGUCCACUCUGACCCGAACUCAAGCUGCCGCCGUACAGAAGAGGUACAACACCUACACUCAGACCCUGAGGAAGAAGAACAAGCACACAGUCCGGGAUGUGCGAGACAUCUUUGGCACCAAUGACUCUUCUCCCACAUUUGAGACAGUUCCAGUGUCACCAGUUCCUUCUAAUGGUAUCCAGCUUCCUGGGCAGAAACCAGUUUGGAAAUCAGUUAGCUCUAAUAGCUGUCUAGACUGCGGACUAGAUAAAGGCAGCCCAUCCGUAACAGAAGAGCUCUCCUAUGAGGUCUCUUUCUCAGAAUCCAUUACGGUCCUUCCAAAAACCCAAGAAUGGCCAAAAAACCAGAGGUUCAAAAAGGAAGACUCUGCUUUGCCUAAAUUCAUUGUUCGGAAAAGCCGGUUUGGACUGACAGAGGUUGGAGACCUCUCUCCUGAAGACAUGAAGAAGAUCCGCUACCUCUCCCUGAUUGAGCUAACGGCCUUCUACGACGCACUGGGGGUGGAGCUGAAGAGGAACCGCGCAGAGAGGGUGCGGGGACGAGAAAAUGGUCUGUUUGGAGUCCCUCUCACCAUACUGCUGGAGAACGAUCAAAAGAAGGUUCCUGGAAUAAAAGUUCCCCUCAUCUUCCAAAAAUUGCUGCUCAAGCUUGAGGAAACAGGUUUAGAAACCGAAGGAAUUCUACGAGUGCCUGGAUCUGCCUCCAGAGUCAAGAAUCUCCAUCAAGAACUUGAGGCAAAAUUUUAUGAAGACACUUUUGACUGGGACCAAGUACGAAAUAAUGACGCAGCAGGACUGCUGAAAAUGUUUAUAAGAGAACUCCCAAGCCCACUCUUCACAGUAGAGUAUUUGCCUGCUUUCAUCACGCUAGUGGAAAAAAUCUCCAAGAUCAAGUUACAGCUACAAGCUUUGCAUCUGUUGAUCAUGCUGCUGCCUGAAGCCAACAGAGACACAGCCAAGGCCUUUCUUCAGUUCCUGAAGAAGGUGGUUGCUAAUGAAGGGAAAAAUAAAAUGAAUUUGUGGAAUGUGUCUAUGAUUGUUGCACCAAACCUCUUCAUCUACAAAGGGAAACGUGCAAACCAACAAGAAAUGCAAGCAGCCGCCACCACAGCACAUAUUGUGCGGCUUUUAAUUCGGUACCAGGACAUCCUGUGGACAGUCCCAUCCUUCCUCAUUUCCCAAGUGAGAAAAAUGAAUGAGGCAGCAAUGAACAACAGCAAGAGGCAGCUGAUGUUUGACAAAGGAGUGAGAAAACUUCUGAGGAGAAAGACCAUGGAACGGGAGAGACCUGAAAGACCAGAGGGAGCUGUCACUUUUCCCCCAUACCUGCAGUCUGACAUACCUGAGGGGGUGAUAAGAGUUUAUGCUCCACUGCAUUCAAAAGUCUCUAUGGCAAUUCAACUCAACAGCCAAACAAAAGCCAAAGACAUCCUGGCUCGAUUCCACUGCGAAAACAGCCGCGGAUCAUCACAGAACAUGAGAGGCCAGAUCCAAAGUUUACAUGAAAUUGGAGGAAAUAUAGGUCAGCACUGUUUGGAUCCAGAUGCAUACAUGUUAGAUGUUUACCGUGCAAAUCCUCAUGCAGAAUGGGUGAUAAAACCAAAAGCAAGCUGAAGCAGAAGGCUGCGGUGUACUGGACAAACGCCAAAUGGACAACAGUGAU